ACACAAUCUAAAGGCGGGCUCAAUAAAGCUCAUUCCUUUCCAAGGUCAAGAGGAUACAGACAAAAAGUCUUUUAGGAAAGUAUUGGUAAUUGACUGUCUAAUAAGAAAAUAACUCAUUAUCAAUUGUUUGUUGGGAUUAUCAUCGUCCUGAUUACAAAGAAAGAUGCCAACAGUAGAUAGAGCUUUGGCCUUGUUAAGAAAAUAUCCUCGAGUUUCUCCUCAGAAUAUAUCUGAUCUUCCAGGAAGCAAACCACCCAAGUAUCACGGUUUGAAACGAAUGCGAAGAGGUCUUGGUCAUCGUGGUGCUUCCCAGUUUCAAGCAUUCCCACCCUUGGGAAUUUUGGGUGCAAAGACACCAUUUUAUCUUUCUGUUCCUAAAGAACCUUACAACAUUAACAGCAUGUCUGAAAACAAUCUUCACCGUAUUUCGCUUCUAGAGCUUCAAAGACUGAUAGACCUUAAUCGAAUAAAUCCACUAGAGCCUAUUGACAUUUCCACACUAUGCAACACCAAUCUUUACCGGUUAAACGUGGAUCAUGAUCGACAAUAUGGUUUCCAUCUAACUGACGAAGGUAUCGAUAACUUUGUUACUCCUGUUAAUAUUGAAGUUCAGUAUGCUAGCGAAGAAGUAAUUGCAGCUGUGGAAAGAGUAGGGGGAAUAAUCUGUAACCGUUAUUAUGAUCUGUAUUCCGUUUGGGUAAAAUCUGACCCUCAAGGAUUCUUCAUGAAGGGCAUUCCGAUCCCAAAAGCUAAAUUGCCUCCUAAUGCGUUGAUUCCAUUCUACGCAAACGCUGAGUCUCGAGGUUAUCUGGCGGACCCUGAGGAAGUGGCGAAAUCUCGAAUUUGGCUGGCUCAAAAGUAUGGUUAUCACCCAAUCGAUUUUAGUUCAUCCUCGGAAUCCACUCGAAAGCUGAUGUCUAUGCGGAAAGAUCCUCGACAAAUAUUUCAUGGACUGGAACCUGGUUGGCUUGUCAGUAUUCCUGACAAAGCGGUUUUAAAGCCAAAAUCUGAUCUCCUUGAUGCCUACCACAAAUCCUGAUUCCCCCAGUAUUUUAUAAAAUGCAUUUUGGAAGUUAUACUGUGGAUAGAUGCAUGUUAAUUACAAAUAAUAAAUAGUACAUCCAGUUUUAAAAAUCCUGUGCAUAAUUAUGUAAUGUAAGUUUAUGUGAUUAGCAAAUCACUG